GUGAAAACUAGGCCCUAGCCCUAAGCCCUAACCCAGCAACUACCUACAAGCUUACAACCCACGACGAAAAAGUACUGCAUUAAAAAAUGGAUUGAAGCGGAAGAAAAUUGCUGCUGGAUGCUGGAGCAGAAGGACUGCGAUCAGUUGGGGACGAUCGCUCGUCUGUUUUAUCUGUUGAAUGAUCGAUCAUUUAUUAUCUUCACCUUUAAAGGCUAUCGAGAUUAUUUUUUUCUCGCUCAUUUUUUUACUAGUACAAAAAAUAGAGUAGACCCACAGCACUGUUGAAAAGGCCCACACUGUUGAAAACUACUACAGCUACUUGGCCUCGGAGUUCGUUGGCUUCUACCGGAAAUUUCUAGUCCCAGCACAAUUCCUCUUUCACUAACGGCCACGGCGCAUAUAUCACAAGAUGGCGCUCGACUCUCUGCGCGUGAUCGUGAUCGAUUUAGACACGGUCUUGCUAAAAUUACGGAUGAAAAAAUCUACACGUAGCUCUAACAGCAUGAUUGUUGUUCAAGUUGUUCCACGACCACCUUCUCCAAAUUAUGACUUCAUGAUAGAAAAAUUGAAACUUCUUACAGUUUUUGUUACAAAUACAAAACCUUGCAUUCUAACCGGCGGCCUCGAGGAUUACGUCGUUUCCGUCCGAAGAGUCUUUCGAGGAAAGAAGCAUAUGCCAGCAUUGUGGGUAUGGAUACCUGACUCCUUUUCAGGCUUCUACGAAAACGCCAGUCUGACGCAAGCGAAAGUGGUGGAUUACUUUUUGAUUGGACCGUUUAUUAUGGCUUACAACACGAGCACGACGCUUAAAAAGGUUGUUUUCGUUUUCUUUUGAACGUCUAAGUCCCCUACCGGAACCGACUUGUAAAAUUGAGUAUACCAGGGGAGUCGUACAUGAUUGUAAAAGAUUUAACUUUUUUUGCUUUCGUUUUCUUUAUUGUGCGAAAAUGACAAAUGGAAACUGCAUGGUUGUACUUGUAGGUGUCCUCGAUACAAUCGCCUACUCUUACAAAAGAUUCUUUGAAAGUCUAAGUCCCCUACCGGAACCGACUUGUUGCCAAACCAAGUUUUGCUUUUCUCAAGAUCCGUCCGGACAUUGCUGCCGAUACGACAGAAAAAACUGUGUCAGACGAUCGUUGGGGAUUCUUUGAUGGUAAUACCUCUUUUCCUUUACCCUUUUUCUUUACUACCUUUCGUAGAAAUACGUCCUUCCACACAUCUUAUCUCAUUCGCUCGUGCCUCCAUUCUCGUCCUCGUUAAUUGACUCCACUAUUGAUACCUCUCCACUUAUUGCACUCAACAUAGUAGUUUGAUGGACACUGCUGCCGAUACGACAGAAAAAAUUCUUGGAUGGUAAUAGUCAUUCUCUUGACGACAUCAACUCCCCAACUGCAAGGUCCUCGAAAACUGGCGCAGCAGUUUCAGUGGUGAAUACCGUUUUGAGAUGACACAGUCGCAAAAAGAGUACCUGAGGCAUCGAAGAAAAAGCAAAAUAUUCGAAUAUCUGCAGUUUCCUGGAUCUCUGGAUUAAGGUGCGUUUCAUCACAACUAUUUCUAAGCGGAGACCACUUUGGUCCUUUAUGAUCGAUUCUCGUCACCAGUCUUUAUUUGCUCUCACCUCUUCUAAUCCUCAGACCUAAACAAGAGCCUGUGGAUUCAGGAGAAAUGCGAAGGAGUAGCGAUCGUAAACGGAACCAUGAUGGUAGCAACGAGUCGAGUUAUGACAAGAAAUUCUUGACAAGAUGAAGAUCGCGGAAGUCUCACGUUGUAGGACUCCAGUCCUAGUAAAGCGUAAUCAUACUUCAGCAAAUGUAGUCAUGAAGAUUCCGAUUUGCUGAAGUAUGACUACGUUUUAGGACUGAAGUAUGACUACGUUUUAAGGUUUUCCACUCAAUAAUUUAAGAGGCCGCGUGCUGCAAAUCUUGAUUGGCUUUUGCCUGUAAAAAGGCGAAGGUUGAGGUCCAGCGACGCUCAAAGCACUAAAUAAAACAACCGGCUCGCUUUUCCUCUUCUUCUAUUAACCUAGGUCUAUCCCUUCACGCAAUACGUUUUAGAACUGCGAGGCAUCUUGUUCAUAAAAGAUCGUACUAGUAGGGAUUCGGAGUACUUGCCUUAGUCUAUAUCGGAGUUGCAUCGUCAGGACUAAAGUCAUCAUGUUCUAAUCCCAAAAGAAUCGACGAGUGGGAAGCCAUACUCACGAAGGAACUAGAGUGGAUUCCGCCAGCUGACAGUCCCCACGCAGACAGUCCUGAGAUAGCGUAUUUGUCGGACACCACACGCCAAGAAAAUCUAGGAGGUAGCUCACCACGAGCAAGGAAAUCAGGAGGCCUUUUUAUGGGUAGUCGAUCACUAUCUCGUGUGAGCAGGUAUCCUGAAUGACGUUUCUCCUUGAGGGAGUUCAAGAAGAAACUAAGGGGCGCAGCCAGGAUCUCACUCACCCACGGAUGUUAGUGGUUGACUGCCUUUAACUUUUCCAUGCUCACGGAAGAGAAUCUCCGCAAACACGACAACAAGAGUGCGGAACGCGCGCGAGAACAAUCGAAAGACAUGAAUAGUAAGAUUUACGACUUCCGGGAAUCCAUCUUCCGAAGCAUCUUCUGCUUGGGGCACGCACCUCUUUAUAAGGGAAAAAUAAGGAUUCUGUUCAUCUCGUGCAAAAUAAGAUUCUUGACUAUCUAAGGAGCAAAAGCCUAUAAGGGAAAAACUACAGGCCCAACAUCAAGAUGACUUCUCUCAGGAGGAUGGAUUCCCGGAAACUCUAAAAGAUCGUAGGCACAUCUGCAUCUGGAGGAGGCUCUCCAAGCAAUCCUCGUGGAUUUGGAGCCCCUGGAGGCACUUCACCUACAGUGGUGAAGAGUUCAUCUCAACAGGAAUUAGAGCUUGCGAUGGAACUGUCUAAGAACGAACACGCUGAAAGAGAAGCUGCAGAAGCAAGGGCUCUAGCCUUGGCCAUGUCCGCAUCUAUAGAAGACGAAGAGUCCUCUCGUCGGCAAAUCAGCUCCACGACCGAGGAGCAUGGGCAAGGGGGAGGAAAAAAGAUCGAAUUUGUUGAUUGACCAGCAUCAGAACUUGCAAUUGUUCUCAUCAUCUUCAGAUGCUUUCACCUUAUCAUGCAUUGUUCUGUUGAAUCUGUGUUGACCACCACGACGAGAGUUUCCACCAAAUGUUGAUCUUCUUCAAGGUGGCGAAAUAGGGACAAUUUUUUUGUCAAGUCUCCCGGACUCGAACUGGUUCAAUUUAUUCUCUUGCACAGAAUAGCAUUAUGGACGGAGUUCUUUUUCCGUACUAUGAUGUACUGCGUUUACCAGAAGAAAAGACUGAUCAUGGAUUUCCAGACAAUUCAGCAACAAACAGCGAUCAACUUUACCA